AUGAAUCCGAAACUGAUUUAUUCUCUCCUAGCAAUAUGCAUCACCAUCAUUGUCAUCUUAGUCUUGGUUUUCGAAACUAGAGGGAAAAAACCCAUGGAUUGUGGGAGAUCUUCUGAGAAAAUGGGGGAAGAGGAAGGUGGUCAGGAUGCUGGCAGCCAGAUAUUUCAAGAUUUAACUCCAAGAGAGAUAAUGCAAGUAAAGACAUAUUUACAAUUCAACCUGGGAGUGCUACUGAUAGAGACACUUCUAGCCAGACCAUCAGACAACUGCAUCUAUUCCAUCACCUUGCAGCUUCCUCCCAAAGCAGAAGUAUUACAAUUCCUAGACCAUCAAGGGACCAAACCUGUACGGGAAGCUUUGGCUGUGGUCCAUUUUGGAAAUCAGCCACACCCGAAUGUCACUGAGUUUGUAGUAGGUCCUCUUCCAAAGCCAAAGUAUCAUAAAGACAUUACACUGCAGAAGUAUGGAAGGAUGUUGCCUUACUCCCAAAGGUUUCCUUUGACAAGUGAUGUCAUUGUAUUAUAUAAAGCAUUGCUGUUGAAGGAAUAUCCCAAGGCUCCAAAUUUCAUGAGAAAGGUGCUUGAUUAUCCAGGAAAACUUUUCAUGUUCAGUUUUGCAUUUCCACCAGGGCUAAAAUCAGGAGAUCGUGCAGUCUGGCUGAAUCACUUACAGUUAGUUUCUGGCAGCCAUCUGCAUCCAACUGGAUUUGAGAUUCAAAUGAAUUUUAGCAGCCUGGAUCGUUCUCAGUGGACGGUGUCAAAAGCAUUUUAUAAUGGACAAUAUUUUGAAGGCAUGAAAGAUAUCGAAAAGCAAUUCAAUAUGGGAAAUGUUAAAAUAAACAAGAUUAAACAAGCCCCUCUUAAUGGGGGAUACUCAUCGCUAAAAAAAAGGGUACCACCAAAAGCUCCAGGCCCUUUGCAUUAUGAACCUCGUGGACCACGCUAUAGAAUUCAGAAUAACCAUGUUACCUUCAUGGGCUGGAGUUUGGCUUUUGGAAUUGAUAUAAACAGGGGGCCACGUUUAUUUGAUGUCAGAUUUAGAGGAGAGAGGAUAAUCUAUGAGUUAAGCUUACAAGAUGCAAGUGUUCUCUAUGGCUCCAAUAGUCCUACAAUGAUGUCAGCCAGAUCCAUGGACAUGAGCUUUGGAUUUGGGUCUAGAAUGUACACACUCACACAGGGGGUAGAUUGUCCCUAUUUAGCUACUUACUUGGAUGUGUAUACUUUUCUUGAUACUUCAUUCCCUACUAGACGUAAAAAGGCCAUUUGCAUCUUUGAACAGAAUGCCGAGUUGCCUCUGAGACGUCAUUAUGAAAGCAUCCAGUCUCCAUUUUAUGGAGGGUUGGAAGACUCAAGUCUGGUUAUCAGAUUCAUAUCUGUACUUAGUAAUUAUAACUAUAUCUGGAACUUCGCUUUUCAUCAAAAUGGAGCUGUUGGUGUCCAUGUUCUUGCCAGUGGAUAUAUUCAAACUUCUUUUUACUUUGGUGAUGCCACAGACUUUGGCAACAGAGUCCAAGAGUGGGUGUUGGGAACAAUUCACACCCACAAUAUUCAAUUCAAAGUGGAUAUGGACAUUCAUGGUGUGAAAAAUACCCUGGUUGGCAAUGACAUGGCUUUUGAGACAAUGCAGGCCCCUUGGAGCCCAGAACAUAAAAUCCAUCGAAUGAAGAUGGUGAGGAAGGUUUUGGAUACCGAGAACAAAGCUGCAUUCCGCCUCCGUGAUAACAUGCCCAGAUACAUUUAUUUUGCUGCCAAUAACAGUGACAAUAAGUGGGGCCAUGAAAAAGGCUACCGGAUUCAGAUAGUCAGCUUUGCUGGAGACCAUCUAUCAGAAUCUGAUCCAUUGGAACCAGGCUUCAGUUGGGGCAGGUACAAGCUAGCUGUCACAAAGCGGAAGGAGAAGGAGCCGUGCAGUAACAGCGUCUAUAGCCAAAUUGAUCCAUGGGAUCCUCCUGUUGCCUUUGCUGACUUCAUCAACAAUGAGACCAUUGUCAAUGAGGAUCUAGUUGCCUGGAUCAAUACUGGCUUUCUGCAUAUUCCACAUGCUGAGGACAUACCUAAUACUGUAACCGUUGGGAAUCUGGUUGGUUUCUUCUUGAGACCAUACAAUUAUUUUGAUGAUGACCCUUCCAUGUAUUCUCCAGACAGCAUCUUCUUCACCAGCCUGCAGAACCCCGCUUCCUGUGAGGUCAACCAACUUGCAUGUCUGCCUAAAGUAGCUACAUGUUUACCUCAUUUCCCUCCUUUCUCUUAUGAGGGUUUUCAAAACAUGACAACUUUCUAA